AUGGAGAUGAAAUCCAUCUUGGUUGUCAUGCUUUCCGAGCAGCCGCCGAUCCCCGUGCCGCAACAGUCCGCCAAGUACGAUCAUGAGCCAGACCCCACCACCAUCGUGUCCGGCACCAGGACCAACACCGCCACCACCUGCGGCGUGGCACGGGCGUGGGUGUCAGCCGCCCCGCAGCGGGCGCCCGCGGGCGCGGACCUGGGCCGCCGGGGCGCGCUGGGCGCGGCCGCGCUGCUGGGGGCGUGGGGCGCCGAGGGCGCGGGCGACGCGGCCCUGGCCAGCGGCGGCUCGACGGCCGGCAAGUACUCCACCAUCCCCUCGGCGAAAAGGCGCUUCUACGGGCGCGUUCGCCAGGGCAUCUACCAGUUUCUGCAGAUGGAGCGCUUUGCGCAUGGCGCCUGCAUCCCGCAGAAGCACCGGCUGCCGAACUCGCCGAACCGGGCGUUCAAGCAGCAGCUGACUCCAUCCCUGGCCUUGCGCUUCUCCUCGGCGGAGGGCAUGCGCCAGGUCCUGCCAUGGGGGCGGGCCCUUGAUGUUUCUCGUGGUUGCUUGCAUGAGGAGCCCAUCAAGGCGGGGAACCUGCAGGACCCGCUGAUCGAGGACUUUUUCGGCAAGACUAUCGUCAAGCAGGUGGGCGGGCAGCAGAUUCGAAACUGCAACUUCGCUGAUUGCAAGACGAAAGAGAAGAAGACUUCCCGGUGGCUCGACUUCAAGCUCGCGUCGGAUCUGCUCGCCAGCGCCUUCCGCUACAGUGCUGACGACGUCAAUGAUUAUCUUCCGCAGGUGAAAUUGAUCAGGUCCUAUGCCAAGAAGGUCGGUAAGCUUGAAAAGGCCAUCGACAAUAACGAUGUGCAGACGGUGCAGACCCUCUACUCGCAGUGCAAAAAGGAUCUCGGCUUGUACACCGGCAUGGUCGAGCUCAACCCGCUCGACUCGGAGGACUACACGCACGCCUGGGACACGCGGCCGGUCGUGGUCUGCCAGGGCACCUUCUGCACGUGA